AUGCAAGGCGUCGGAGGGGGAGGAUUAACUCCAAAUCCAACCGUUUGUUCCUCUGAGGCCCAUAAUGACCCAUUACGAGAACUAUUUGAAGCCUGCCGAAACGGUGAUCUUCUGAAAGUGAAGAAACUUGUCACCCCACACAACGUGAAUGCUCGUGAUACAGCUGGGAGAAAAUCCUCACCACUGCAUUUUGCUGCUGGCUUUGGGAGGAGAGAUGUUGUGGAACACCUCUUGCAUUGUGGAGCCAAUGUCCAUGCGAGAGAUGAUGGUGGUUUGAUCCCAUUGCACAAUGCCUGCUCCUUUGGACAUGCUGAGGUUGUCCGUCUUUUACUGCAAGCUGGGGCUGAUCCAAAUGCAAGAGAUAACUGGAAUUACACACCUCUACAUGAAGCUGCUAUCAAGGGAAAAUUAGACGUGUGCAUUGUUCUUCUUCAGCAUGGAGCAGACCAUCACAUUCGUAAUACGGAUGGAAAGACCCCUGGAGAGGUUUCUGAUAGUUCUGCUAGAACUGUCCUGACUGGUGAAUACAGGAAGGAUGAAGUGCUAGAAGCUGCAAGAGCUGGUCAUGAAGAGAAACUUCUUGCAUUGUUGACCCCACUUAAUGUGAACUGUCAUGCAUCUGAUGGACGGCGAUCAACACCCCUACACCUAGCAGCUGGUUAUAAUCGAACUGGCAUUGUGCAGAUCCUGUUGGACAAUGGUGCAGAUGUUCAUGCUAAAGAUAAAGGGGGAUUGGUGCCCCUCCACAAUGCCUGCUCCUAUGGUCACUUUGAAGUGACAGAGUUGCUGAUGAAGCAUGGUGCUAAUGUGAAUGCCAUGGACUUGUGGCAGUUCACACCCCUCCAUGAAGCUGCUUCCAAGAUGCGCAUAGAGGUGUGCUCACUUCUUAUUGCACAUGGAGCAGAUCCCAACCUGCUCAACUGCCAUUCGAAAUCUCCCAUUGAUCUUGCUCCAACCAGAGAGCUUCAGGAGAAGUUGGCUUAUGAGUAUCAGGGUCACUGCUUACUUGAAGCAUGUAGACAAGGUGAUCCAGCAAAGGUGAAGAAGUCCUUGUCUGUGGACUCAGUGAAUUUCAAGCAUCCUUACACUGGUGACACUCCUUUGCACUGUGCUGUCAGUUCAGGCUCCUUAAAGCGAAAGACAGUUGUGGAGAUCCUUGUACGGAAAGGGGCGAAUCUGAAUGAGAAGAACAAGGCAUUUCUCACACCACUCCAUGUUGCAACUGAAAGAGGGCAGUUCGAUGCCAUGGAAGCUCUCCUUAAACAUGGAGCUAAAGUGAAUGCUCUGGAUGGUUUGGGGCAAACAGCCUUGCACCGUAGUGCCAGGGAUGGAAAUAUACAGGCAUGCCGUACUCUUCUCAACUAUGGUGUGGACCCCCAGAUUGUGUCACUUCAAGGCUUCACUGCUCUUCAAGUGGCCAAUGAAACAGUUCAGAACUUGCUCUUAGAGGAGCAUCCAGUAGGAGGCAGGGGUAAUGUUGAUGUUGCUUCUCAACUCCUGGAGGCUGCCAAGCAGGGUGACUUGGAGUUGGUCAAGAGACUUCUCACCUCUUAUCCCAACAUUGUCAACUGUCGGGAUCUUGAAGGAAGGCAUUCAACUCCUCUUCACUUUGCUGCUGGAUAUAACCGAGUUGCUGUGGUUGAGUAUCUCCUUCAACAUGGGGCAGAUGUCUCUGCAAAGGACCGUGGAGGUCUUGUUGCCUUGCACAAUGCCUGCAGUUACGGCCACUAUGAAGUGUGUGAAUUGCUUGUCCAUCAUGGAGCCUCAGUGAAUGUAGCUGACUUGUGGAAGUUCACACCUCUGCAUGAAGCAGCUGCCAAGGGGAAGUAUGACAUAGUGAAAUUGCUUCUCAAGCAUGGGGCAGAUCCAGGAAAGAAGAAUCGUGAUGGUCACACCCCUCUGGAUCUGGUGAAAGAUUCAGAUGAAGAAGUUGCUGAUCUGUUACGAGGAGAUACUGCUCUCUUAGAUGCUGCCAAGAAGGGAAAUCUUCUACGAGUUCAGAGGCUUUUGACUCCAGAUAACAUCAACUGCAGGGACACUCAUGGACGAAAUUCCACGCCUUUGCAUCUUGCUGCUGGCUAUAACAACUUGGAGAUUGCUCAGUUCCUCCUGGAAAGUGGGGCUGAUGUGAAUGCUCAGGACAAGGGUGGCCUGAUACCUUUGCAUAAUGCAUCAUCAUAUGGCCACCUUGAUGUGGCCGCUCUCCUCAUUCGCUACAAUACUUUAGUGAAUGCUACUGAUCGCUGGGGUUUCACUCCCUUGCAUGAAGCAGCUCAAAAAGGCAGAACACAACUCUGUGCACUAUUGUUGGCUCAUGGUGCAGAUCCCCAUUCAAAGAAUCAGGAAGGACAGACCCCAUUGGCUUUAGCAUCAGCUGAAGAUGUAAAGUGUCUGCUGAGUGAUGCAAUGUCUCCUUCUGGUACCUCUGACAUCCGAGGUGCAACAUCAACAGACUUUCAUGCAUCAUCAGGCCUGGAAGAUGAUGACAGUACCAGUCUGUCUGCCCCAGUCACUCCAGCUCUUCCAGCUCUUUUACCUUCUGGAACGCCUCAUCCUGGAGAUGGAUGUGUGGACUUCUCUGAGACAGAGAUGCAAGUCACUGAAAUUGGCUUUGACAUCAGCACGUCUUCCUUCCUCUCCAGCCUAGGUUUGGAGUUUCUUUUGGAAAUUUUUGAUCGAGAGAAGAUAACUUUGGACAUACUGGCUGAAAUGAAUCAUGAAGAUUUGAAGCAGAUUGGCGUGACAGCAUAUGGACAUCGCCAUAGACUCAUCAAGGAAGUGGAGAAGGUCCUCUCUGCAUCAGGAUUCACUGCAUCAUCAUGGUUUGGUGGGAACCAGCAGGGGACUCUACUGGUUGACCUCUGCCCAGAUGAUAGAGAAUUCAGAGCAGUUGAAGAGGAGAUGCAGACAACAAUCAGAGAGCACAAGGACACUGGUCAAGCUGGGGGUAUCUUCACACAAUACCACAUUGUUAAGAUUGCCAAGAUUCGCAAUCGCCGAUUGUGGGAUCGAUACACCCAUAGACGGAAAGAAGUAGCUGAAGAAAACAAUGGGCAUGCAAAUGAACGCAUGCUCUUUCAUGGUUCCCCAUUUAUCAAUGCAAUUGUCCAAAAAGGUUUUGAUGAGCGUCAUGCAUAUAUUGGUGGCAUGUUUGGAGCUGGGAUCUACUUUGCUGAGAACUCAUCUAAGAGCAAUCAGUAUGUGUAUGGAAUUGGAGGAGGGACAGGUUGUCCAUCACACAAGGAUCGAUCCUGUUAUGUCUGCCAAAGACAGAUGCUCCUGUGCCGUGUGACACUGGGAAAGUCGUUCCUUCAGUUCAGUGCCAUGAAGAUGGCACAUGCCCCACCAGGACACCACUCUGUGAUAGGAAGGCCUAGUGCUGGUGGUCUCAGCUUCCCUGAAUAUGUAGUCUAUCGUGGUGAACAGGCCUACCCAGAGUAUUUGAUGACCUACAUGAUCAUGAAGCCAGAGGGAACUGCUGGAGAGCAAUGGAAAUGAUUGACCCUGUAUGCAAGGUCUGUGUUUAUGGAAAGUUUUGAUGAAAUGGGAGUGAUCUGCCCAGGUCCUUCAUGUGAUACACUUGCAGCACUGUCAUUCCCCCUCAGUUCACUUCCUGUCCUCAACAGAAAAUGAGUGCAUUGUGUUCAUCCAUGUGGUCCUGCAAUUAUAUUUUACAGUUCCUGCAUGCUGAGAUUUCACAUUGUAAGGACAUUGGAUCAGGAUUUCUUUGAUUUCACAUAAUUCUUGUUGUGACACCCUG